UGGGCAGAGAGACAACCAGGAACUCGGGCUCAGUCUCCACCCCGAAGUGGGGCGGAUCCGCACGGGAUAAGACCCAUUGCUGGGCCUGGACGCGGGUGUGACCUCCGCAGCCACAGAGGACUAGCGAAGCCGGGUCUCCGCACAAGAGAGGAACUUCUACUCACGUGACUGGACUCUGAUCUUGGCAUAGAACCGUGGCAAUGGCAACCAAAGGAGGUACCAUCAAAGCUGCAUCAGGAUUCAAUGCUGUUGAGGAUGCCCAGACCCUGCGGAAGGCCAUGAAAGGGCUGGGCACUGAUGAAGACGCCAUCAUUGGAGUCCUCGCCUACCGCAACACGGCCCAGCGCCAGGAAAUCAGAACAGCCUACAAGAGCAACAUUGGCAGGGACCUGAUGGAUGACUUGAAGUCAGAACUGAGCGGCAAGUUUGAGCAGGUCAUCAUUGGCAUGAUGACACCCACUGUGCUGUACGAUGUGCAGGAGCUGCGAAAGGCCAUGAAGGGAGCCGGCACAGAUGAAGGAUGCCUGAUUGAGAUCCUGGCCUCCCGGACCCCAGAGGAGAUCCGUCGCAUCAACCAGGUUUACCAGCAGCAAUAUGGACGGAGCCUUGAAGAUGACAUUUGCUCGGACACAUCCUUCAUGUUCCAGCGAGUGCUGGUGUCUCUGUCAGCUGGUGGCAGGGAUGAGGGGAAUUUCCUGGAUGAUGCUCUCAUGAAACAGGAUGCCCAGGACCUGUAUGAGGCUGGAGAGCAGAGAUGGGGGACAGAUGAGGUGAAAUUUCUAUCUGUUCUCUGUUCCCGGAAUCGAAAUCAUCUGUUGCAUGUGUUUGAUGAAUACAAAAGGAUAUCACAGAAGGAUAUUGAAGAGAGUAUUAAAUCUGAGACAUCUGGUCAUUUUGAAGAUGCUCUGCUGGCUAUAGUAAAAUGCAUGAGGAAUAAAUCUGCAUAUUUUGCUGAAAGGCUUUAUAAAUCUAUGAAGGGCUUGGGCACUGAUGAUGACACCCUCAUCAGAGUGAUGGUUUCUCGAGCAGAGAUUGACAUGCUGGACAUCCGGGCAAAUUUCAAGAGGCUCUAUGGAAAGUCUCUGUAUUCUUUUAUCAAGGGUGACACAUCCGGAGACUACAGGAAAGUACUGCUCAUUCUCUGUGGAGGAGAUGAUUAAAAUAAAGUCCCAGGAGGAUUUUCUUCUCAACACUGAAAAUUUUUUUUAAGUUCAUUUUUCUACACUGCUAUUAGCAUUAACUCAGAAUGCUUAUUUCCAAUUAAGACGCCUACAGUUGCCUCCUAGGAUAUAAACUGUCUGUAUUAUUAUCAUCUAUAAUUAGUCAUUAUGAUGCAUUAAAGCUGUACUUGUAGUUCAAAGCUUGUAAGUUCUAAAUGGAGAUUUAAAAUUAGAAAUUAAAAUGUGCUCUGUGUUUCUAACAGAUUUAUGUUUCACAGAAAUUGAAUACAUUAAAUUAUUUCAUAUUUUCUUUUCAGUAAAAACUUUUAAAAUGGGAUACUGGAAGACCAUUCUAAAAUCACUUUCUUCCCUAAUCCUACUUUUAAAGAGGAUGGUAAUUUCUUCAUUUGAAAUUGUGAGCAUCUAGCUAGUAAAAUCCAUCCAGUUUUCUAUUUUGUGUGGUCAUCAAUGGAAAGCACCCAUAAAUCUCCUUUUUUGGGUUUUGUUUGUAGCAUUUGUUGAUCUUUACUAUUUGUCAUAGGGGGCUUCCUUUAUCUCAUGUUGAGAACACUUUUCAAGGUUGAAGUGCACCAAAUCACCAACUCAUUUAAAUAAACUAAAAUCCAAGUGUGAUUGUACAGGUCAUAUAUGUCUUGUUACCAAAGAUAAAUGCUGAACAUUCCACAAUAUAAUAGUUAAGGUCUUCAUCUAGAUUAAAAGUGAAUGGAGAAAAAAAAGCAAGCUUCAAAUAAGGUAAUUCUGGUAAGGGUGUAAUGCUCUGAAUUUUGUUUGACUUAAAGAAAUCUGUGCUGUAAAUAAAUUCUUAAAUCUUUUUUGAUUUUGUUAAUCCAUAGCAAUUUACAUGUGCAUUGUGCUUUUUCAGCCCUAUAAUCAUUCUGAAAGUGUGCUUGGACUUAACUAAAACGUUCAGUUUGUAUACAACAUGGAAAGAUAAUUUUAAUAAAAAAUGAUGACUUUAAAA